UCGAGCUCCACGCACGCGCACACCCGGUGAAAUUGUCACGCGGACAGCAUUAAACGGGAUGUGUCGCGAGUGUCUGCGCGCGGCCACGGAGCAUCCCAACGCCGUAGCUGUGUGAACCGAAGCCCGGCAGCAGCAGCAGCAGCAGCGGGAGCAGCGGGAGGAGGAGGAGGCCCGCCAAGGAGGAACCAUGUAGCGGAUUAAACUGUGCACUCGCUCCGAGGAACAGCGACUGGACCGAGGCGGGACGCGGCUGGAGCGGGAGGGGACAUGGGGAAGGACCAGGAGCUGCUCCAGGCCGUGAAGACCGAGGACUUACUGACCGUCCAGCGGCUGCUACAGAGACCUCGGCCGGGCAAAGCCAAGCUCCUGGGAGCAGCAAAGCGGGUGAACGUGAACAUCCAGGAUGCAGAUGGACUGUCUCCGCUGCACUACGCCGCUCUGAGUGGGAACAAAGAGCUGAUUUCUCUCCUACUGGAGGCUCAGGCAGCAGUGGACAUUAAGGACAACAAAGGGAUGCGGCCUCUGCACUACGCUGCCUGGCAGGGGAAGACUGAGCCCAUGAAGAUGCUGCUGAAGUCGGGCUCCUCAGUGAACGGUCCGUCAGAGGAAGGACAGAUCCCCCUGCAUCUGUCCUCCCAGCAUGGACACUACGACGGGACUGAGAUGCUGCUCCAGCACCAGUCCAACCCCUGUAUCUCUGACGCCGCAGGGAAAACCCCACUCGACCUGGCCUGUGAAUUUGGACGCGUUGGAGUAGUCCAGCUGCUGCUCAGUAGUAACAUGUGUGCCACCAUGUUGGAGCCCAAGCCCUCCGACCCAAACGGAGUGUCACCUCUGCACCUGGCAGCCAAGAACGGACACAUAGAUGUCAUCAAGUUGUUGAUCCAAGCUGGCAUAGACAUCAACAGACAGUCUGAGUCAGGCACAGCACUACACCAGGCUGCCCUCUGUGGGAAGACGGAGGUAGUGCGCCUGCUGCUGGAUAGUGGCAUCAGUGCUGGGGUGAGGAACACGUUGAGCCAGACAGCGCUGGACAUAGUCAAUCAGUUCACUACCACACAGGCCAGCCGCGAGAUCAAACAGCUGCUCAGAGAUGCGUCGGCAGCUAUGCAGGUGCGAGCGCUCAAGGACUACUGCAACAACUAUGACCUGACCAGUCUGAACAUCAAAGCGGGGGACAUUAUCACGGUUUUGGAGCAGCACUCUGACGGUAGAUGGAAGGGCUGUAUCCACGACAACCGCACGGGGAACGACCGCGUGGGCUACUUCCCCUCCAACAUGGUGGAGGUCAUCAAGAGGGCAGGUUCCCGGACAGCAGAGGCCAGUCCUCAGGGUUCACCCACGCUGGGCCAGCAGAGCAGCACCUGUGAGGACAUCUGGGUGCUACGCAAACCACUACAAGGUGGCGACCGCAGUGGCAGUGUGGGCAGCCUGGGCAGUGGGCGUUCCUCCAGCAGUCUGUCCGGCUCAGGGAACACCCAUGUCCUCACCACCCCAGCACCCAGUCCCCACCCAGCACCAACCCCCGGAGUCAACCCUCACGGCCUCAACGCUCCAGGACUUCACGCUCAGUCCGAGGGGGUCAAGCUUCUGGCCACAGUCCUGGCCCAGUCGGUCAAAGCUAAAGAGCAUCUCCUGGAGCAGUCCCAGUCUGUGGAGCAGUCAGCCGGUACUUCCAGCCACACAGUUCAUGAACAGCGGUCUUUUGAAAAGAAGGCAGAGGAGGAUGAUGGGAAAAAACAAGCUGUCGUGUCGUGGCUGGGGGAAUUCCAGCUCCAGUUCUACACCACGCACUUCCUUACGGCAGGAUAUGAUCUAGAGACCAUUGGCUGCAUGACCCCUGAGGACCUGACCGCUAUCGGGGUCAUGAAGCCUGGCCAUCGAAAGAAGUUAAUAUCUGAGAUCAGCAGGAUAGCCUCCACAGACUGGCUCCCUCAUCACAAACCGGCCAACCUGGCAGACUGGCUGUCUCACUUGGGGCUGAACCAGUACUACCAGGUUCUGGUCCAGAAUGGAUAUGAAAAUAUUGAGUUUGUGUCAGACAUCAGCCUGGAGGAUCUGCAGGAGAUUGGCAUUACAAAGUUAGGCCAUCAGAAGAAGCUAAUGUUGGGUGUGAAGAGACUGAAGGAGCUCCAGAGAGGAGAGGUCAGCUCUGAGGUUCCUCAGAGCCCCUCCACCACCCCGUCCAGCACUGAGACCAGCACUGAGACCAGCACAGAGGCCAGCACCCAGGCCAGGAAGCAGAGGGAGGCAGCCCCCUGCCCUCUGGCCAAACCUCGCCCAGGGCUCACAGCCUCACAGACCCCUCCCCUCACACCCACCCACACGCCUCCACAGACGCCCCCUCACAGCAGAGCACAGGUAUCCCCCAGAGCCAGACCACGACCCUCUACCCACAGCCCUGCGGACUCCCCUCUGCCUCUGCUGCAGCUGCCCCGAGAGGAGGAGGAGAGGAGGAGGGCACACAGUCUGAGCGGACCAGAGACAGACUCUAAAUAUGCCACCGUGUGUCGCAGCUCCUCUUCACACGCAACUACUAAUGAUGUCACUGUCAAUCGCAGCCAAUCAUCGGUCACGCUCCGCCCACGCCGCAAAGGCCGGCCCCCCACGCCGCCCAAAAGGUCCUGUUCUUCCAUGACGGGGGUGGAGGAGGGAGGCGAGGGGCAGGGUGAGGGACAGGGCGAGGGGCUGCUGGGGCUGCCAUCCUAUCGGGAGAGACGGGCCAGUGAUUGUGGAGUCCUGGGAGCAGCUCUCAGGGCUCAGUCUGCGAGCCUGGAGCGUUCAGAUGGGGCAUCAGGGAGUGUGCGCAGCCUGGCAGCCAUGUUAGAGACCUCCAUGGUGGGAGGAGCCAUGACUCUGCCCAGGAAUAUGGGCAGUAACGCCACUCAUCUUCCGGUGAGCCCACCCCUGUUGCGCCGUCAGCCCGGUUCAGGCGGUCUGGGCACUGAAGAAGAGGAUGUCCUAACACGGCGCAGGACCAUCAGCGGAACCGACGACCUCCCUAGUGACCAGGGUAACCAGUCUCCACUGCAACCGCCUCAGCAGCGCCCAGAGCCUCGGCCACGCUCCACCGUCCUCUCGUCCUCCUCCUCAGAGAUCACAGACGGGACAGCCACACUCAGGAGGAGACCCAAACCCUCUGAUGUCCCAGUUACAGCAACCACAACAGUAGUUACCAUGACAACUACCGACACAAGCAAUAAACAUAUAGAGAGUAGCCGCAAGAUUGCGAGCGAGCCGCAGCAGAACGGAGGAGUGGUUCUGAGGAGGAGGCCCGUGUUAGAUGCCCCGGAGAGGACAGAGACCUGCGAGUGGAUGGAGGCGCGGAAGUCCCUCAAACCACCUGUGUCGCCUAAACCUUCGGCGGUGAGGAGGGGCCAAGCCGAUCCUCCAACACCCACGCGCAGGGUCCCUCUGCCCGGGCCAGACAGCAGCGAGCCAGGCACCGCUCAGAGCCCCGAACCUAAACGCAUCCCUCCUCCCGUCUCCCCCAAACCACGUGGACCGCCGACGGCCCCCAAACCCGGCAAAGCCAUAGUAGCCUCACCCUCUGCCAGUCCCAGUGCAACCAGCCCCACCCCAGCACCCAUGCCCCUGCAAGCACCCAUCCCCGCACCCAGACCCAGCUCCCCUGCAGCCCCCCUACCCGCCCCCGAAACCCCGUCGGCAGCCUCGCUCUCCCCGGGACUACCCCUCACCUCUCCCUCUCCCGCCCAGAGCCCGUCCAGCCCCACCCCUCACCCGGUCAAGCCCCCACGCUCCUCCAUCGCUGGGCUCUCCAUCGACCUCAGCAGCCUGCGGGACCAGGAGGAGGAGAGGGACGGCAAGGGCAAAGAGGAGGAGGACGGUCAGAAGCAAUGCAAGCCCAGUGAAGCACUGAGUGGAGCAGAGGGAGCAGAGGGAGCAGAGAGAGCAGAGGGAGAGGGGCAGCACCGCCUGGAGGAGACCAGUGCCUCCUUGGCUGCUGCGCUGGAGGCUGUGGAGCACAAGAUCACAGAGGAGGACAAGCCAAAUGACUCUCUGUCCCACAAAAAGGCCACAGUCUCCAUCCUUGACGACAUCGGCAGCAUGUUCGACGACUUGGCCGACCAGCUGGACGCUAUGCUGGACUGACCUACCACCCGUGUCCGGCCCGCCUCCGUCCCUUUCCCCAGGCUAUCUGCGACAGAAGGACUUCCCUAUGCCAGGUUCGUCUCUGUCUCCCGUAGCCCGACCAUUCCAGAGGAGAAGGAGGGGGGCCGCUGUUCCACUCCGCCCCCCUCCACACAACCGCUGACCUCUGCAGCCGCCUGGGAUCGACAAGCACAAUCCUUUUCCCCCCCGAGACUCUGGAUCAGAGAAGCUAACGCGCUAACACACAGGGAAAGAUAUACUGCUGCGGCACAAAAACAAGCACAUGAACAGAAGCAAGAUGAGAAUAGUAUUUUUGAACACAAAACUAAAGUAUUUGUGCAUUGCUGGACUUGGCGCCUCCUGCGUUUCUGAGUGGCUGUGUGUUGCGUUCACAUGUUGUUGCGUAUGUGCUUCUCGUGUCGUCGCGUGUGUGUAGUCCUGCAAAUGACGUCAGUGUCCUCCCAAACCCGUGCCGUGGUGUCCGAUCAAACCCAGAGAUUAUAUAGAUGUGCGCCCAUGACUAUAAAACAUCAUAUGGACAAACAUAUAGUAUACAUGUACAUGCAUUAAAAAUACACAUGGAGAUGGUUUAAACAUGUUUUGUUGGUGUUGUUGAUUAUGAACACUGACGGUAGAAGAAUAGCUUACAAUUCCA